AUGACUCUGACAACCCAUACUUUGGCUGCCGUCCUUGAAGCUUCCGAGAAACCUUUGUGCUCUGCGCAGUUUUUGACGGAUGGUUCUCUAUCUUCUUACUCAUUGUUCCAGUUGAAGCAUCGGCUACCUGCUCCUCGGGGUGUGGGCGUUUUUGAAGUGACUCGAAGCGACCUCGAGGACAACACGACAGAAGCAAAAGCCUCCUCAGUUAUUGCCGAAGCAAGGAAAAUGCGUGAAUUGUCGUGGUGCGUGAACGUGGUCGUCCUGAGCGACGACCCCGCCUUCCUGGCCUCCUUCGCCGAGUCGUCGCUCCGGGGCCGCCUCCUGGUGUGGGCCACGAGGCUCCUGGUCGUCACCCGCCUGCCCCUUCAGGAGCUCCGCCGGCUCCUCGCCUCCUCCUGGACCUUCUCCAUGAUGAACGCCAUGGUCAUCAACCUGGAGGAGAGGUCAGGGCAGUUCAGAUAUCGAAUCUACACUCACCAGCCAUACAAUACACCUGAAGGAAAGCUGGUACACUUAGCUACCUGGGCUCCUGAAUACGGUCUCUACGUCAAAAGCGGACAGAGACUCUUCCCGGAAAAGUUUGAAAACUUCCGCGGCGCCGAGGUGGGCGUGACAGCCUUGCCAUUCCAACCGUACUGGAUCGAGGAGGAGACGACUGGGCAAGACGGGGCCCUCCGUAAGACGUACACUGGCUCCGACGGCCUCCUGUUGAGAACGAUCGCCGAAGGUCUCAACUUUACGUUCACUCCUCUUCCGGUCUCUACUUGGGGAGAAGUGACGCAGCGGGUCGUCGAGAGGAGAGCCCUUAUGGCGGUCGUCCAUCACGUCCUCCUGCCACAGCGCAAGGAACGGUACGACUACACCUACACCUACGAGCAAAUUCUGUUCGACUUUUGUAUGGCCAGGCCCUCGCUCACGCCUCAGUGGCAGAGUCUUUACUACCCGCUGGCUGACGCCGUGUGGGCCUGCAUCUUGGCCGCUGUCCUCUUCAUGGCUGUUGUCUUGUAUAUGGCAAGAAAAAACAAGAAAUUCAGUCCCUGGAACGUGACGGAAAUCACCCUGGGCUCUCUGCUGGGGCAGUCCGUCCCGCUGGACAGGGACACCAACGGGUUCCGCGUCUCAGUGGCUUCUUGGCUCGUCUUCGCCUUCGUCGUAGGCACGGCUUAUCGGGGCAACCUCACCGCCGCCCUCACGCUGCCCAAGUACCCUGACAGACCGGAAACCAUCGAGCAGCUCGUUAAGGCGGUGGACAGCGUGACGAUGCCGAGUUACGGGACCGAAUUCCAGGCCUUUUUCCUGAGGUCGAAUUCCGAGGUGUUCCGCACCCUCGGAGGCCUCAUGGAGAUCGUGCCCUCGGCCAUGGACGGCCUCAACGGCGUCGCCACCAAGAGGCAAUCCUUCAUGGACGGGCGGCGCUAUUUGGAGCACAUGAUCGCCGAGCACUUCACGGACGCGCGCGGGGAAGCCCAGCUGUACGUGGGGCGGCAGAGCGUCCUCCCGGGGCUGGCGGGCUGGCCGGUCCCCCACGACGCGCCCUACAAGCCGCAGCUCGACCGCCUCAUGAUGAGGAUUCUGGAGGCCGGCCUAUACGAGAAGUGGAGCGAGGACAUGCUAAGGCGAGCGAGAGCAGAGGCCCGACGCCGUCAGAAGAGGAAGCUGCAGGAACUGAGGCUGGACGAGGAGGACGUCGAGGCCGAGGAGUCGACCCGCAAGACUAAGCCUCUUACGGUCGUCCACUUGCAAGGUCCUCUUAUCCUCUUGCUUCUCGGCCUGCUGCUGGGGGGCGCGGUGUUCGUCCUGGAGGCCUUCGUGAGCAGGUUAUAG